AUGAACGGUCCCUUGAGCUACGGGCUGCAAGACGUCUGCGAUGUCAGCAGCAACCUCCGUAUGAUGGAGCCGUACGGCAACACGUACGGCAGCACGUACGGAAUCGACCUCGCCUCCAUGAUGGGUGGCCCUUCAGACCCUCUCCUAUCCAUCUCUGGGUUGACUUUGUUGACCCCUUCGCCGUACUCAGCGCCGCUACCCGCCACCGCAGCUGCUUCUGUCGUCGGCGGAUGCAUCCCGGAACCCGUACUUGCCGCCGGUUCCAUAUCCUCCGCUGCCGCUGGUGCCGCCGCCGUCGCCGCCGCCGCCGGCGACGAGGAGGUUCAGCUUCCCUUGCCGCAGCCUUCUAACGUCGUCGCAGAGGCGAUUGGCGCAUAUUUUGAGCCUUUGUUGUCGACGCCGCAGGCGCCACUGCCACCGUUGCCGUCGCUGCCUCAGGAGCCGUUGAUGGACUGGCAACAAGCAGAGCAGCCGCCGCCGCCGCCGCAGCAGCAGCAGCAAACGGAUCAGCAGCAAACGGAUCAGCAGCAGCACGCGGAGGAGCACACUCAGGCAGCGGGCGAACUGCUGCAGGGAGCGGGGGUCGCGGGGCGCCAGGCAGCGGAGCAGGUGCUGGAAUGGCAGCUUGCGGAUGCAGUACUGCAGCGGCAAGACCAGCCGCUAACGUUGCACGUGCCUCCGUCGCCGCCGGCGCCGCUGCCUCUGCCUCAUACUCAUCAUCAUCAGCAGCAUAAUGGGCAGCAACACAAGCAGCAGCAGCUAGAGCUGCAGCAGCCUUCGGAGCAGACGGAAGAGGCAUUGAAGCCGCCGCCGCCGCCGUCAUCACUGCCGCCAGUGCCACCGCAGGAGCUAUUCAGCAGCAGCAGCAGCAGCAACAGCUACUUCUGA